AUGCCUUCGGUCGACGAUUCCAGACCUGGCCCCGAGCACAGAAAGUUUUCUAUCAACUCUAAAGAUUUAUCAUUAUCAAAGUCACCCGAAGACGGAACAUUGACUCCCAACGAUAGCACAGAAGAUCCAGAUCCGAGACUGGUGGCUUUGUCUCAGCUUCUUCCUGAUGGCUCGAUCUACCGGACCCCAGAGAGUAUUCAAGACGAAGUGACCUCACGAUCUUCACACGUCCUCCGAGUCUACUCACAGCUUCAAGGACUCAUGGGUGCUUUCCAGAAUAUUAGCGAGGGUUGGAUGAAGAAGAGAGUUGCCCAGAGGAAGGAUCUCAUGAAGUCUGCAUGGCCUGAUAUCCCUCAAAGCCACCGUCCCGAUCAUGAGUUACUCAUCAGUAGAAACCCUUCUAUGGGCCCAAUGACAGACAGCAAGGAGAUAGCUGCAUCCAACUCGCUUAAUUGUUUCAAGCGAUCGAUGUGCUGGGACUGGGUAAUAUGUCUAAGAGAUCCUCCGGAGUACGGGAAACUCAUAUCGACCGCAGAGGACUCAUAUGCCUUAGCUCGCGUCAUCUCGAGGAUUGACUUCUACACAUGGGAGGGGUUACAGGUCCUAGAAAUACAGGAAAAGAUUCUCGAAUUCUUGCUGGACUGCUGUGGACGGAUACUCAAAGAUCACCGAGUCGCCGAGCUAGCCUCAGAAUGGACCACUUUGGACGAUCUGAAUAGAGAGGCUCCAUAUUGCCCUCCCAAGCCAACAACAUCCGAUCUUGGCAAGCUCCAUUCACUCAUGGCUGCAGAACUGUCAAGAAUUGCCGGUAUUUUCCCUAAUGUCACCAUAAUCGUCGAAGGCUACUUCCUAGAGACUGUUCGGGAUUGCUGUGCAGCCAACCCUGCUUUUUCGACUACAUCAAAGGAAUGGCCUGACAGGGUUGCAAGUUUUAUUGCCUACGAUGCAUAUUGUCCUGCAAUAGCAGGACGUAUAAUCUGGGAUCUGCUCCUCGAGCUGGAGCUGCUCAAGGUAAUGAAUCCUGAGGUGACUGAAACUAUCCUUAUCAAAUACUGUGAUGAAUCACCGAGCCUCCGCCGCUGGAUGGAUAGUUUACUGUGCUUUCGCUCAAUCCUGGUCCGAUACCACACUACCUUUGUGGAAGAAAUAGUAAUGGCUCUUCACACAGAAGCAUCUUUCCGCCGCUACUUUGAUAACAACCGCAAAAUAACCAGAAAUUCAGUAUCGGCCAUCUGGCAAACCGAUAAGCUCUUCGUAUUACUUAAGGACAUGAGCAAAAAGUUUAAUGAUGGAUACUUUUCCAGAACGCGUCAUAUCAUCCUUGAGAUAGAGAGGCUUCUACAGAAUAAUUUCGGGGAGAAAAAGAGGCUGUCUCCACGCAUGCUUCGUGCAAUCGGCAUCGCGGGUUUAUUUGGAAGCCUUAUAGAGGAAUUCGAUGCUAUUCAUCCUUCCGUCGGGACAAAAGCCAUUUUGUCUGAUCAUGAGGAUACUGAAGGACGACUAGAGGAAAUCAUUAAAUGGAGACUGUUUCCUUCGAUCACAUACAAAGAGCAUGCUUUGAAAUACCUCCCUGGAUGCUUUGGUGAUCCGGAUGGUUCUAGCUUCACGUUUUCAUAUGUCGAAAGGAACUUGGCUACAUUCUGGAAAAGGUACGAUCAAGCUUAUGAAGAAUUGGCGGUGUUUCAGUGCCAAAUGAAUCCACGAAGCAUAACCCCUGUCGCCGAACACGAGCCCCGAGUCGAUGAUGAACUACUUCAAGCAACUUUGAAUCAAAAUACCCCAGUUCCCGGGGGCAAUGACAACAAUACAAACCCUGACAUGAGUGGCAGCAGUAUCCGGGGAGAAAGAUGGUCUGAACAGGAUGAUGAUGAACCGUUACCCUCUACCAACUCUGGUCAGGCCAAUCAAAGCGAAAAAGAAGGCAGCAAGAGCGAUGAUCCACAUGACACAGACUUCUUGGGUACCGGGCAUACACCAGCCUUUGAAUUCACUGAACGGUCUCGUAAAAUCUUUAGAAAGAUUUUCUCUCCCUACUCCAACCCGCCUUCGAGAAUCAGAUGGAAUGACUUCCUUACAGCAAUGGCAGACGCCGGGUUUAGCGUUGUCAAACAGUGCGGCUCAGCAUGGCUGUUUAUGCCUCUCAAUCUGUCACCAGAAAAAUGGAUAAUUCUCCAUGAGCCUGCGGCUCUGCAGCAGGACAAGAAUAGCUCGGAUCUUUCUAUUGACUUUAAUGCUGCUCAACUUUACGCACGGCGGCUGACAUUUGCAUAUGAUUGGGAUCAAACAAUGUUCCAAAGUUCAGAAACCACAAGCGAGAGCUCCAAGAAGAAAAAUAAGCGAAAACCCGCAUUAAAGGAUGAUAAGGAAAUGGCAAAUGAGAGACCGGAGGAAAAAUGCAAUGGGACUGGAAGGAACUUGAAGGAUAAUACGGAGCUUGACGGGAAGAUUCCAGCGGAGCAGCAUGGAAAGGCAUUUUUAGAAAAAGGCGUCAAGGUUGAGACCAAGGAGUUGAAGAGCGAAGCAGAGGAUGAAGAAGAGCGUAUGAUUUAG